AUGCACCAAGCAAACAGGGACAAAGAUGGAGGCCUCAAAUGUCUGUGCUCUGCAAUCUGUGGAGUCAGACGCUAAAACCAACAUUUCUAGUUCCCUUAAUGCGGCUUGUGUCACAGAUUCUGAAACAGUAAUAAACAGUAAAACUGAUAGUACCCUGGUUAAAGAACAAAAGAGUGACGAGGAGCUGCUAGAGGGUCUCCUCACAGAGUAUUAUUGCCAUGUUUGCUCUUCUAACCUGUUGUUUGAAUCCAAUCGGCUGGCCCAUUAUGAGGGACAAAAACACGCUCAGGAGGUCAAAACAUAUCUGAACGCAGUGAGAGCAGAGCUGGCCAGAGGUAGCCAGAACAUGUCCCGUGAUAAAAACCGUUUCUGUGAGCUGUGUAACAUGGUGUUUAGCUCGCACGUGGUCGCAAAGUCACACUACGAAGGCAAAAUCCACGCAAAAAAUCUGCGUAAACAAAGUCUUCCUGCACCAGACAAGGACACUGAAGUGCAUAAUCCGCCAAGUAUCACCCAGGAUCCCUUUAACUCUGACCAGAAUUUGUCCCAGGAGAAUGACGUGGAGCUUCAUCCUGAUCCAAAACCAACCUCCGACAUUCCAGAUCCUUCAGCUUCCUGGAACGCAGAGGUUGAUCUCAAACAUCCUGACAAAUGUAUCCUUUGUGCAGCCUCCUUUAACAAUCCUAAGAUGGCGUUGCAGCAUUACAACGGACGAAAACACCAGAGGAAGAAAGCCAGACAGGAGCUCCUCAAGGAGCUUGGAAAAGAUUUACAGCAAGGGAACUCUCUUAUGUGCGAGAUUUGUGGUGUGUCAUUCAACUCUGUGGAGAUGUACCAGGCUCACAUGCAUAGUAACAAACACCAGAUCAGGGAGAGGAAGUUGAGUGACCUUGUUAAAUCCCAGCCAAAGGUCUACAGCACAUUUGCAGAUGAACUCGCAGAUUACAUUCAAGUGCAAAAAGCCAGAGGAAUCACCCCCAAGACCAGUCAGAUUCCCCCUGAAGAAAGCACACAGAACCAUGACGGGGAAGACGAGGUGCAGCAUGAAGACGUAAAUCAGUGCGAUUUGACCGCAACACCUGUUUCUACACCUAACUUUGCUCAAACUCCCCACCCUCCUCUUCUGCCUAUUCCUGGAACAUGGUUUCCUUUCGGUCCAAUCCCAUCCUGGCCUCCCUUUGGCUGGCCCUAUAGCUGCCCUCCUCCUCCUCUCCUCCCCUGCCCCGGUUCGGCCCAGUUUACCACUUGGCCCACAGAUAGUGGACAGCAAAGAAGACUCUCUACUUCCUCCGCUUGUACCACCUCAUCAUCAUCAACCUAUUCUUCUUGUAGCUCUAACACAAGUGACAGUGAUGAAUGUGAACUCAGGAAUAUAGAAAAGAGGAAAAAGAAAAGACACGGAGGGGACACAGGACGAAAAGGAGCAGAUAAGGAGCCCGAGACGGACGAAAGGAGGAGGAAGAGACAAAGGAUGGUGUCCGAGGAACGGAAAAGGGAGCAGUUUGUAGAAUCAUGGGAGGAGAGGAGGGGGACGAAAAGUGACUGCAAGCGGACGCGAAAAGGGAGGACAUGUCAGCAGGAGAACUUUGAAGUGGACCGAGAAGGAAGCACGACUGACAGACUGCAUUCACAGGGUCAAACCAAUGUUGAACGCAGCGAGAGUGGACACAGUAAGUCAGCCAAGGCCAGAAAAGAGAAGAAGAGAACUAAAGACACGGUAGACACCAGGACAGAGGAGGAGAAGCUCUGGGAUGACUCGAUUCUGGGUUGUUGAAUUAAUACUUUUAAGUCAUAGUAAGACUUCUACAUUACUUUGAUCAUGUUUGUCAAGAAUCACUUUAAAUUAAUAAUAUUAAACAGAACAUUAUAACUUUAUGUAUUAUUAUCAGCUUUAUAAAGGGAAAAAUAAAAUUACAUCUGAAUGUGAGGAUGUACCAUGCGCUAGCUGGCUAGCCUUGUUUAGUCUGGUUGUUUCCUUUACGUUCAGUGUGUCUGGAGGGGCAUUUACUGUUAAUAAUCAGUCCUAAACUUUCAGUGGUAUGCAGUAACUGACAGGUAUUAUAUUUCUUUUAUUUUGCUAAUCCGGCCAAGGUAACCUUAACUUGAAACAUUGCCAAAUUCCUUUGAUCAUUAUUUUAUUCUCAUAAAGAAUGAGGCUGUAACGCCCACAGUGACCUCUGGUUGGCGAUGUUGAGCUUCAGUCAAAGCCUAAGUAAGGGAAAUAAAAGCCCAUGGAUACUGAAA